UGGCUGGAAAGGCGCCGGAGUUUGAGGCGGGAGCGGCGAUGGCGGCCGGUGAAGGUGUCGCGGGGCGUGGGGUGGCGCGGACAGGGGCGUCGCUGGCCCAGGACCUCAGGCGCUGGGCGGUCGAGGAGAUGAAGCUCCUGCCGGGCAAGGUUCCCUCUGAGAGCGCCGCCCGCAGAAUGUGCUCAGGUCAGUGUGCUGACAUCUGGAAAUAUAUCAUCCGCCAUGUUCACCAUCAGAGGACCGUAAAGAAGAUCCGUGGGAACUUACUGUGGUAUCAGCAGAUGGAAAAGAGUGAGGGCAAGCCCAGCAGCUCUGAAUCGGAUAAAGAACGCCGCAAGCAACUGAUUCAGGCCAUCUCCCGCUUGAAGGGAGAAGUGCAGCAGGUUGACCUUCAGAUAGAAUUGGCACAGCGUGAGCUUGUAGCCAGUGAGGUCACCCUGGAAGCAGCUCAGGAGAAGAUCCGCGACGCCAAGCGACGCAGCUUGCUCCUAAAGGCCUACUCCACGCGGGUCACGACAGAGCGCCAGCAAUGGCACAAGAAGGCUCUACAAGUCAAGGGACGUUUGGAGCAGAUGGAAGAGAUGGAGAAGAAAGCCAAGAUGGCAGUGGUUUUUGGUGGCAAACCCCCAGAGUUCGGAUUCCCCAUCUUAGAGCCUGAAGUCUUGCGAGAUGUCCAGGAAGCCUGCCAGCUGCGUUUCCGAUUCCUGAAAACCCUCUUUGAACAGAGCAUCUCUGGGAGCUUUCCAGGGAUGAACGAGGAAGAGUUGGAUACUACUUACCAACAUUGGCUGAGCACUGUGGAGAAAGUUGUGGGUACCCAUCCUCCUGCCCACAUCCUUUCAGCUCUGGAGCACUUGGCCCUUCAGAACACAAUGAAGCUGCAGGAGCUGACGGACAAGAUCAACAUCCCCCAAGAUGUGGCUGCCCUGAAGUUCCGUUACGACAGCACACACUUGCAAGAUGUCUCGGACUCGGCGGACAACCUACCUUCUGUCCGGGGUCUCAUACAGGAGGGCUGGAGCAAAUGUGAGAUGCUCUGCGUGCAACAGAUUCCCCUGCACGCCGCGGAGAAAAGCCUCCUGGCACGGCUGGAAGCCAUCGUUAAGGAAAUGCACAGUCUCCUGUCUGACGGGUCGGAGCAUUCCAUCCUGGCCAGAGCGGUCUUUGAGCUGGAGCUCCGAGCAGUGAGAUUGCGGGGAUACAGGGAUGGGCUGCUGCAAGGCUGCCGGGAACUUGAAGAAGCAGUGAAGGCACAGUACGCAGAACUGCAGAACUUGCAAACAAAGCGCCAGCGCAUUCUGGACUUCCGCCAUCUGGUGAACGAGAAACAGCAACACAUUCGGGCGCUUAUCAAGGGCACUUCGUUUAUCAAAUCCCAGCUUCGCAAGGACCAGGCAGAGAUCCAGGAUUUCCUGCAGAAAAAACUGCUCCCUCAGGCUCAACAGGUGGAGCUGGAGACACAGAAGCUUCACAACAGGGUAGGCCGUGAAGUCCAGCAAUUCAAAGCCGUUGCUCUGCCUUGCCUGCUGACCCGCCAGAUAGCCGGGUCUCAACACAUUCCAGCCCACCAGCUUUCUAUCCAUCGCUUUAGCCGGACAGCACCAGCCGAAAAUCGGGCGUUUCUUAAUGUAUGCAAUGGAGCUAACUUUCCCCUUUAUAAGGCUCCUGAACAGCUACUUCUCCAUAUGGUGGAGCUGAAGAAGAUGCUCGCUUACCUGCAUGCCCAGCUGGGCUCCAAACAAAGAGCUUUGGGGCGCCUGCAGCACCAGAUGCAAAAUGCCCCAGAGCCUGAUGUACCAGCCUUAGUGGGAAAGGUGCAGUCCCACGAUCAGAAACAAGCCUUUGAGCUGCUGCCCCGCAUCCAGCGCAUGAUCGAUCAGUGCCAGCGUCGCAUAGAGCGUUGGCCUGAAAUCCAGGCUGUCGUGGAUGCCUGGUGGGAACAGCCAGGACAGUUUGUUCUCCCCAACGAGCGCCGCCACGGCUUCACGUUGCAACAGUGGCUGGAGCGUUGGACCUUGGCUGCCAAGAUACUGCAGCAGCAGCAGAUCUGGCUCUGAGAGUCAGCCCAAAAGCGCUCCAGGCUAAGAGGGAACCCUGCUGAACUGCUGGGAAGAAGUCCAGGAAGCUGGUUGGUGCUGGCUGACUGGAAGGCGGAGCAGUUAUGCGUGUGCGUCCUUCCAUCCGGCUGCUAAAAGGUGGAUCUUAAUUGUAUUAAAGGGGAAAAGCAGUUUUCUGCACCUCUCCCUUUUCUCCCUCUUCCCCCCUUUUUUGGGUGGGUGGCUGGGGAAGGAAGUAAUGUUGGACUUACAU